AAUAGCCGUUACUAGCCGUUAUGUAGGGUCCACAAUAUAAUUUUUCACCGGAAAAUCAAAUUGGGUGGUAAUCUGAGUAUUUUUUUUUUAGUGGGUGGUAUUUUAAAAUAUUUUUUUUUUUGGGUGGUUAUGUCGAAAUACGCAUAUUUUGUGGGUGGUAAUUUGCAAAUUUUCCAAAAAAAAAAAGUCCGAAUUAAAGCGCCAACUCCUCCAGUCCCACUGUCCCAGUACAACUUCCAGGUAGCCAUUGAAGAGGGUAGUUGAUUAUCAAUUUAUCAUCAUAACCAAUAUUAUCUCACUAAAUCUCUUUUUCUCUCUCCUAAAUUCCAAAAAUGGAGGCCAUUGUUGUCCGAAAACUCGGUGAUCCAUCAACCGCCAAUCUCUCCGACGAAAAUUCCCCGAUUUUCUUGUCGAAUAACGAACCAUUGCCGGAGCUCAAAUCUCCGACGGAAAUUAGGGUUAGGGUUAGGGCUACGAGCUUGAAUUACGCCAAUUACCUUCAGGUUCUUGGGAAAUACCAGGAGAAAGCUCCCCUUCCUUUCAUUCCUGGCUCUGAUUACUCUGGGGUUGUUGAUGCUGUUGGUCCUCGAGUUUCUAAAUUCAGGGUUGGUGAUCGAGUUUGCUCGGUUGCUAAUCUGGGUUCGUUUGCCCAGUUUGUUGUCGACGAGGAGUCCAAAUUGUUUAAAGUACCAGAGGGGUGUGAUCUGGUUGCUGCAGCUGCACUUCCUGUGGCAUUUGGGACUUCACAUGUUGGUCUUGUUCAUCGAGCCCAACUUAAAAGUGGUCAGGUUUUACUGGUGCUUGGUGCAGCAGGAGGAGUUGGUGUUUCAGCAGUUCAGAUAGGAAAGGUCUGUGGUGCCAUUGUCAUAGCAGCUGCGAGGGGGCCUGAGAAGGUGCAAUUUUUGACGUCAUUAGGCGCUGACCAUGUUGUUGACAUAAGCCAAGAUAAUGUUAUUACAAGUGUAAAGGAGUUUUUGAAGGCUAGGAAGCUCAAAGGGGUUGAUGUCUUAUAUGAUCCAGUUGGUGGAAAGCUAACGAAGGAUGCCAUGAAAGUGUUAAACUGGGGGGCUAACAUUUUGGUCAUUGGAUUUGCCAGUGGAGAAGUUCCUGUCAUUCCUGCAAACAUAGCUCUGAAUUGGACUAUACAUGGACUUUACUGGGGAAGCUACAGAAUCCAUUGUCCAAGUGUCCUUGAAUAUUCACUCCAGGAGCUGCUCUCAUGGCUAGCCAGGGGCACGAUUUCCAUCUAUAUUUCUCAUACGUACAGUCCUGCAGAGGCUAACCUUGCAUUUGCUGCCAUCAAAGAUAGAAAAUCAAUUGGUAAGGUUCUUAUUACCUUCGAUGAUCAGAAGGCUGCAAGAGCUAAGCUUUAGGCUCAAUGCGUUUCACAGACGGACUAUCAAGCAUAGCAGCAAAAUUUGUUUAUAGCUGUAGACCAGAGUUGUUUUCUCAAUAAAAUCCUGUAAAAAAAUUGUACUGUAAUACAUAAUUACAUAUGCUUAUUAUGACUUAGAUGUCUGUACUAUUGCUGAGAAGCCUGAGAUAGCUGCAGUUUGUCAUGUUAGGCAUAUUGCAUAUGACUCGGUACAUUUUAUGCAACCGUAUUACAGAUGAUUAGAUAGCUGUAAGCCUGUAAGUGAUGUUCUUUAUGCUUCUGACUAAGGUUUAACUUAUGAAACUAUUAUCAAAUAAAUUUACAGCUAUUACUCC